AUGGUAGAUGCUUCGACCGUAGUCGAAGGUGCAGUCCUUCAACAACACCUUGCUGAUUCGACUCAAACAUUUGCCUUGUUCUCCAAAAAGAUCAUACUAUUCGAGACACGCUACAGUUCCUUUGGCCGUGAACUACUUGCCAUUUGCCUGGCUGUGAAGCAUUUCCGGCAUUUCCUUGAAGGUCGUGACCUCACUGUUUUCACAGACCACAACCCCUUGAUUUUUGCACUUCGUUCCCACUCCGACAAAUACAAUCCGAGGGAAAUCGCCCACCUGGACGACAUCUCCCAAUUCACCACCGACAUCCGCCACACUGAUGACACGAAGAAUGAGGUGGCUGAUAUGCUGUCCAGACCCUCACUGUCUUCCCUCCGACUCUCGCACGGGAUCGAUCUUUGUGCCAUGGCGGCUGAGCAACAGCGAGUCGGUUGUCCUGGUGACGAGUCUGUUAGUGGUCUCCAACUCAAACAUGUUCCUCUGACCACCGGUUCUGGUACCAUACUUUGUGACGUCCCAACUCCCUUUCAUCGCCCUUUUGUGCCCGCCUCGAUGCGUCGAGCUGUAUUUCAAACUUUGCAUGGACUCUCCCACCCUGGGAUCCGAGCCUCUCAAAAGCUCCUCGCGGAAAGGUUUGUCUGGCCGGGUAUGAAGAAGGACGUCAAAGCUUGGGCUCGGUCGUGUCUGAGCUGCCAGCGCAACAAGGUGCAGCGUCACAACAAGUCCCCACCAGGCACUUUCCCCAGUCCCGACGCACGGUCCAUUCAUGUGCACCUGGAUGUCGUGGGCCCCUUGCAUCCAUCCAAUGGUUUCACCCACCUCCUUACCUGUGUCGAUCGAUAUACCCGCUGGACUGAAGCUAUUCCUUUGCCGAAUGUUCAGGCUGAAACCAUCGUGAAGGCCUUCGUCGGUCGUUGGGUCGCCAUGUUCGGUGCCCCAUCCACGAUUACGACUGAUCGUGGUGCCCAGUUUGAAUCGGCACUCUUCUAA